AGAGCACAGCGAUGGGGGAUUCCAGGUAUCACACGCGCCUCUCGGUGCACUGCAUUGCACUGCACUGCAUCUGUGAUGCACUCACUGAUGUGUUUGUUUGCGUUGUAUUGCUUCGUCAGUUUGUCGGAGCAGAUAGUGAAGGAGUCGGCUGAGUGUCUGAAUGAGAGCAGCAGCCACCCCCUGUCGAUGAUAUGGGGCGAGAAGAGCCAGUACCUGGAGAGCGAAGAUGACCCAAACCUCCUCAUCAAGCUGCCUUUCAGGUCGGUCAAUGCGCUGCACAGCCCUCCAUCUCUUUGUGCACUGCAAGAGGGUCUGUCUGUCUGUUUGUCUGUCUGUCUGCCUGUCUGUCUGCCUGUCUGUGUGCCGUGCGUGGCGGUGCGUGGCGGUGCGUUGUGUGUGUGUGUGCAGGCAGCCGGUGCGCAUCACGGGCAUUCGAAUCGACGCAGAUGCUGAGGACGGCACGGCGCCACAGACGUAAGAAAGACACACAAGAGUGUGCUUAUGCGCUACAGAUAAUUAAGUGUGUGUGCGUGCAGCAUCAAGAUCUUUCGUGACCAGCCGAGCCUGGGGUUCAUCGAGGCCGAGUCGGACACGCCCACCGAGCAACUCGCCCUCACGACAGAACAACUCGGCACCGUGGUCAGUCGGAACGGCAUACACACAAAGCCAUCCGGGUGCGGUGAACGUGUGUUUUCUGUGUGUGUGUGUGUGUCCGUGUGUAUGUGUGUGGUGUGUGUGUUUGCUCAGCGUCCUUUGCGUGCGCCUCGCUUCACCAACGUGACGCAGAUCUGUGUGUUCGUCGAGGACAACCACGGCGCAGACACCACACGCAUCAACAAGCUAGAGCUCCUCGGUCAGACAGACAGACAGAUAGACAGACAGAGAGUCAACCGGCCCCCAUGACGGAUACACCGUGUGUGUGUGUUUGUGUGCAUGUGUCGUGUGUGCAGGCAGUGUGCCUAAGGACAUGGACAUGAAGGAGUGGACGCCCAAGCCGAAAGAGGGCGAGCAGAUCGCACCCGGACACUGACUGAUAUGACGGAGCCAGCCAGCCAGAAACACACACACAGGCAGUCCGUGUAGGAGAGCGCCAGAGGGACGACUGCUGUUGGUCUGACGCUGCAUGAAUGCCUCGCCGUGCCGUGCCGUGCCGUGUGCGGUUUUGUCGGUGAUCAUGAUGAG